AACUCGAAAUGAAAACCGAACGAACGACGGAGAGAAGGAGAGAAUGCUUAUGAAAUCCAAAGCUUCGCUUCCUCGCCCUCUGAUGGCGACUCUCUCUUCUCUCUGCCUCCUCUCUAAACCUCUUUCCUUCCUUCCCUCAAACCCUAACCCUAACCCUAGAUUCCCCACGUAUAAAUCCUUUGCCAAUACCUGCAGCAGCAGUUGCAGCAGAGACGCUUCUCUCUCUGAAAUGAAAUCCAUCGGUGAGAUCUUCCAUGGCCUCGGUUCCAUGCACUUCAAAAUCCGAAACCUUACCUCUCAAUCGGGAGGGAGAGAAGAUUUGGAGGAGGAGGCACAUGUUUCAGGCGGGCCAGAAGGAAUCGCGUCAGUAGUGCAGGAUUCGGUUCAAUCGGAUGUGAUUUGGGAGCAGAGAUCGAAGGAUGUGGCAGCAGAAAGUGAGAAGAAGAAGAAGGUUACCAGCCCUGGGUUCAGUUUCUCGGCCGCGGGGAUGCUGUUGCCGUAUCAUCUUGGUGUUGCACAGUUGCUGAUUGAGAAGGGGUAUAUCAAGGAAACCACACCACUGGCCGGUUCCUCAGCUGGUGCCAUAGUCUCUGUGGCGAUUGCUUCUGGAAACAGCAUGCAGGAUGCCCUAAAAUUUACCAAAAAUUUGGCUGAAGAUUGCCGGAUUAAUGGCACUGCAUUCCGCCUUGGGGCGGUUCUUAGAGACUUUCUGGACAAGUUCCUGCCAGGUGAUAUCCAUACAAGGUCCAACGGGAGGGUUCGUGUUGCGAUCACUCAAAUACUUUGGAGGCCAAGUCGCUUACUUGUUGAUCAGUUCGACUCCAAGGAGGACCUCAUCAAUGCAGUAUUUACUUCUUCCUUUAUUCCAGGGUAUCUUGCACCAAGACCUGCAACUGUUUUCCGCAAUCGACUUUGCAUUGAUGGGGGUUUGACGUUGCUCAUGCCACCAACAUCCGCUUCACAAACGGUCCGUGUCUGUGCUUUCCCAGCCAGUCGGUUGAAAUUGGAAGGCAUUGGGAUUAGUCCAGAUUGCAACCAGAAUAACAGAGCCACUCCACAUCAGCUUUUGAAGUGGGCAUUGGAACCAGCAGAAGAUGACAUUCUAGAUAAAUUUUUCGAGCUUGGGUAUCUGGAUGCAGAGGUAUGGGCUAAGCAGAAUCCAGUGGAGACAACCCUCCAUGAUGAUGAGAAUGCCAGCAGUCCUUGAAUUGAAGUUGUCGCCUUAUUCUAAGCAGGCCCAUGAGGAGUUAUGGAGUGCAACGAUUUUUUCUUUGUUUCUUUAUUCUUUUUUAUCUUGCUAAUAAUUACAGUUCAGGCACAUUAAGAAUAUGAAGCCAGCUCAUUGAACUCUCCUGGUAUUGUACCUGUGAAUCUACAUCCAUAGCAGCUCUGGAAGGCCAAGCGCUAAUUGGGAUUGGAUUUACCGGUCUUGCUACAAAGAAGGCUACUAUUCUGCCUGGAUCAGUUUAUUUAGUUGGAUUUAUUCAGGUGUACAUAUGUAUUGGAUUGUAUAGUAUGUGAUUUUAAGGAGGAUUGGGGUUUUGUUGGGGUAUGGGGACCCAUAGUACUGUACAAUGGCCAGUUCCCACUCCUGGAUUGCAUCUUUAGAUUGAUCCGAACCCUUCAUGUUC